AUGGCGAGCAUGAGCUGGCCAUUGACAAUACGUCCGGCUCUGCGGCCUUGCAGUUCGGACGCCGAAAAACUCACCCAGCGCCUGAUUGCUGCGCUUUCUGCCAUCCAACUCCGGCGUUUCUCCGCCAACCCUCCAUGGAGCGAAGAGCAAAGGAAACCCCACACCCCGCCGAAUCUGAUCACCUGCGUUCCAUGGUCCGCCCUCACCGUUGGAAUUCCAUUCGAAACCUUCCGAAACGAGCGUCGCAUUGCCCUAACCCCGCAGAAUGCUGCUCUGUUGCUAAAAAAGGGAUUCGCCCGAGUCCUGAUCGAGCGUGGUGCUGGAGCACAAGCUCAGUUCACAGAUGAAGCAUACGAGAAGGCGGGUGCAACUCUCGUGGAUAGGAAAGCUGUCUGGCAAGAUAGUGAUAUCUUGCUGAAAGUACGCCCUCCCUCGCUCAAUGGCUCCAACAAUGAGGUGGCUGCCCUCCGUGAGGGAAGCACCCUUAUUUCGUUUCUAUACCCGGCACAGAAUAAGGAAGUGGUAAAUGCGUUGGCUGCUCGACAUGUAACUUCGUUUGCGAUGGAUAUGAUCCCUCGCAUAUCCCGCGCACAGGUUUUUGAUGCUCUUAGCUCUAUGGCAAAUAUUGCUGGAUACAAAGCUAUCCUAGAGGCUUCGAACCAUUUUGGUCGGUUUCUCCCUGGUCAGAUUCCUCCUGGCAAAGUUCUCGUUAUUGGAGCUGGUGUAGCUGGUCUAAGUGCUAUCGGUGCCGCCCGUCGUCUGGGAGCAAUUGUACGGGGUUUUGAUACACGACCCGCCGCACGCGAACAAGUACAGUCUCUUGGUGCUGAAUUCAUUGAAGUCGAUAUCCAGGAAGAUGGCACUGGUACUGGUGGUUACGCAAAAGAAAUGUCAAAGGAAUUCUUGGAGGCUGAAAUGAAGCUAUUCAUGGAACAGUGCAAAGAAGUAGACAUCGUGAUCACCACGGCCUUGAUUCCCGGACGCCCUGCACCCAAGUUGAUCAAAAAGGAGAUGGUAGAAGCAAUGAAACCAGGCUCCGUGAUAGUCGAUCUAGCAGCUGAAGCUGGCGGAAAUUGCGAAUUGACUCUUUCCGGACAACUAUCUGUUCAUAAAGGCGUUACUAUUAUAGGCUAUACUGAUCUUCCCUCACGACUUCCAACACAAUCGUCAACCCUGUACUCCAAUAAUAUCACCAAAUUCCUUCUCUCUAUGGCCCCUGAGGAAAAGAAAUUCGGGAUAGACCCUACGGACGAGGUUGUUCGUGGCUCAAUUGUUACGCAAAAUAGCGAAAUCCUUCCUCCCGCGCCUCGAACCCGUCCCCCACCAGCUGCCGCUCCAAAUACCGCUACGGUUGAGAUUUCCAAGGAGAGUGUUACGCUAGCCAUGACCCCGUUGCAGAAAACCUCACGGGAAGUCGUUACCGUUACCGGUGGUAUGGGACUUGCGGUGCUGCUCGGGAAGAUCGCUGGUCCAGUGUUCAUGAGUAAUGUAUUUACCGCUGGACUUGCUUCGCUUAUUGGCUAUCGUGUGGUGUGGGGAGUUGUACCUGCGCUGCACUCCCCCCUGAUGAGUGUAACCAACGCCAUUUCAGGUAUGGUUGGUGUUGGUGGUUUGUUUGUCAUGGGAGGAGGGUUUGUUCCUGAAACCGUUCCCCAGGUUCUCGGCGCAUUGUCGGUCCUGUUGGCAUUUGUGAACGUUUCCGGUGGUUUCGUCAUCACCAAGCGAAUGUUGGAUAUGUUCAGACGCCCAACGGACCCGCCUGAAUAUCCCUGGCUAUAUGCAAUACCCGGUCUGUUGUUUGGUGGAGGUUUUAUCGCAGCUGCGACCACCGGUAUGGCUGGCCUUGUGCAAGCUGGGUAUCUUGUCAGCAGUAUCUUGUGUAUUAGUUCCCUUUCUGGUCUUGCAUCUCAAGCGACAGCUCGACGAGGCAACAUCUUAGGCAUACUAGGUGUAGCUUCUGGGAUGCUCUCAUCUCUAGCUGCGGUGGGCUUUUCGUCUGAGGUUCUUGCUCAGUUCAUCGGAGUUGCUGGGUUUGGAAGUAUUGUUGGUGCCCUGAUCGGUCGACGCAUUACGCCAACCGGAUUGCCGCAAACUGUUGCAGCACUACACUCCGUCGUCGGAUUGGCUGCUGUUCUUACGAGCAUUGGAAGCGUUUUGAUAGAUGUUGGACACAUUUCUACGUUACAUCUCAUCACCGCAUAUCUGGGGGUUGUUAUUGGUGGUGUUACGUUUACCGGUUCAAUCGUUGCUUUUCUCAAACUAGCGGGGCGCAUGUCUUCACGUGCUACGAUUCUCCCUGGGCGGCAUUUAAUCAACGCAUCCCUCCUUGGAGGAAAUGCUGCUUUGAUGGGCACAUUUGUCACCAUGGCUCCGGGCGCUCCUAUGACCGCUGCUCUGUGCUUGGGUGCUAGUACGAUUCUCAGCUUUUUGAAGGGUUAUACAACAACAGCUGCCAUCGGUGGCGCUGAUAUGCCCGUUGUAAUUACCGUUCUGAAUGCCUAUUCUGGAUUUGCAUUGGUUGCUGAAGGCUUUAUGCUUGACAACCCGUUGUUGACAACUGUCGGAUCUCUCAUUGGAGUUAGCGGUUCUAUUUUGUCGUAUAUUAUGUGUGUUGCCAUGAAUAGAUCUUUAACCAACGUGUUAUUUGGUGGGAUAUCUUCUCCAACUGCAUCGGAUCACAAAAUUGAAGGACAAAUUACCACAACGUCGAUCGAAGAGACUGCAGACUCCCUUGCUAAUGCGGAAAGUGUUAUAAUUGUUGUCGGCUAUGGCAUGGCUGUCGCAAAAGCCCAGUAUGCAAUUUCAGAAAUUACUCGAAUGCUCCGUGCCAAGGGAGUGAAAGUCAGAUUCGCAAUCCACCCGGUUGCUGGCAGAAUGCCAGGACAAUGUAAUGUCCUUCUGGCAGAAGCCUCUGUGCCAUACGAUAUCGUCUUGGAGAUGGAUGAGAUCAACGACGAUUUCCCUGAUACGGACGUUACACUGGUUAUCGGUGCCAACGAUACCGUCAAUCCAAUUGCACUUGAACCAGGCUCUCCCAUCGCUGGCAUGCCCGUUUUGAACGUGUGGAAGAGCAAGGAAAUCAUCGUCAUGAAACGAGGAAUGGCCAGUGGAUACGCUGACGUACCGAAUCCCAUGUUCUACAUGCCUAACACGAGGAUGUUAUUCGGAGACGCGAAAGCUUCCUGCGAUGCAAUUCAACAUGCUCUCGAUGCACGGAAAUAA